UUACCUUAUAGACAACAACGGAUUUAUUCUGGUCACAGAGGACUACUCUCAGACGGGGCUGUUCUUUGGAGAGGUGGAGGGUGCUGUUAUGAACAAGCUGCUUCUCAUGGGCUCCUUCAAAAGGAUCACUCUGUAUGACUAUCAGGCUCUCUGUAGAGAGUAUGCUGGCAGCAGUGACAGCUCCUGCUCUUUAUCACAUCCCUUCUCCAUUGUGAAAUGGCUCCUGACCGAACUUGUCAUUUUCCUGCUGGAGUUCAACCUUUACAGCUGGUGGCAUGUUGAUCUCUCAGUCAAAGCCCAAAGAUCGAGGGGAAAGACCAUGAUGGUGCCAUGUGACACGGAGUACCCUGCCUUCGUCUCUGAGCGCACCAUCAAAGAGACCACGGGAAACAUCGACUGUGAGGGCUGUGCCAGAUCUUUUGUAAUUCAGCAAAUUCCUAGUAGUACCCUCUUCAUGGUCGUCGUGGACAACAAGUGUGACUGCAGCUCUGCCCCCCUGGUUUCCAUGGAUCCCAUCGAGAUUAUGUAUAUCAUUUACUAA